CCGCAAUUCGUGACUGAAUUGUAGCUGGUCACAUAGUACAGUGUACCAGCAUCCUUCAUAUCGAUAAUGGCUCGCACUCAUCAACUCGCGUGGUGCAGUAGAAGCUCGAUAAAGCUAUCAAGAUGAACGCGUUCCCGAUGGAGACUGGCUGGCAGAAGAUGAAGCGUCGCUGCCAGGAGGAGCCGCUAGUGCCGCUGGGCUGUCUGGCCACGGCAGGAGUGCUGAUGGGCGGUCUGGCCUCGUUCCGCCGCGCCGCCGACGCUGCCACACAGCAGAAAUUCAUGCGUCUACGUGUGCUCGCCCAGGGCGCCACUGUCGUGGCAAUGGCGCUCGGAGGCUUCAUCGCCAUUAAACCGGACGAAGACGAACAUGAUAAACACUAAAUGUCAUCGCUGAGUGCCAAGUUGAAGCGAAAUAACGUUAUAAUGGACUCCAUGACGAUAGUUGGUCACUCGUGGUUUAUUUUGAUUUAAGCUAAGAAGAACAUGAAGAAGAUGAGGAAGACCAAUAAGAUAGCGGAGAUCUUGAGCGCCAGCAUUCUAUUGUUCGACAGGCUCGAGAAGUACUUGAGCAGCUCGUGCUCUCCACUGCUCACGUUCACCAGCGACUCCUCCACAUUGUCAUCAAUUCUACAGCAGCAUAUACACUGUUAGAAACCUCCAAUAUAAACUAAUCCUCUGAAGCAAGAAUAUACCUCCUGACGAGGUCUCCCUGCUCGUGAAUCAACGUCGACAGUCGUCCGAAGAGCUGCCCGAUGUCCACAAUGUGACUUUCAAUCUGGGACACAGCUUCUGCUCUCGACUCGGUGUAGUUCUG